AUGCCCCCUAAAGCUGCUGUCGCCGAUGACCAUUCGGCGCCCGACCUGGAAAUCACUAAGAACCAGUUAACGAUCCAUCCCUCAGGAUUCACCGGAGGCCCUGAGACUCAAGAUGAUCAAAUCACCGAGCGUAAUCUUGUGCGCCACAUGGCGCGAUUCCGCGAGAACCCCUUCGAUUUCCUCCGCGAAGUGAGCUUGUACAUGUCUGGGACAGGCUGGCGUGCCUAUGAAGAUGCCAUCGGCCAGCCUAUCUUCUAUUCUGGCUUCUCCGAGAGGAUGAAGACCUCGAUUCUUGGCAGUCCGCUCCUACAGAACAAGGUUACCGAGCUCGCGAAUCGUCGGCUUACGGUAGAAGAGAAGGAAGGAUUGCUGGCAAUUAAGGAUGGCGCAACACUUGACGACAAGCGCGCCCGUCGGAGAACUGAACUUGAGGGCAAUCUGCGAGAAGUCGUGGACACGAUGAUGGACCAGAUGAUCUGCAAGAUGGAAAGCAAGACGUUCAUUCGGGGUGCUUAUUACAUGUGUACCCAACUGUUGACUCGGGCUUACCAUCAAGGUAUUCAUGUCUCCAGUGAGGAAGUUUUGCGCCUGAGAUCGGUUGCCGAUGCUGCCGCAAAGAAGAAACAGUCGAUCGUGUUUCUUCCGUGCCACAAGUCGCAUGUGGACUACGUUUCAUUGCAACUUAUUUGUUAUCGUCUUGGAAUUGCAUUGCCAGUUGUGGUCGCAGGUGACAAUCUGAACAUUCCUUUGCUGGGUCCAUUCUUGCAACAUGCAGGCGCUAUGUGGAUUCGUCGGAGCUUUGGAAAUGAUCCUUUGUAUAACACUGUUGUACAGGCCUACAUCGAUACUCUUCUUCAACAAGGAUUCAACUUUGAGUGCUUUAUUGAAGGUGGCCGUUCUAGAACUGGAAAGCUGCUUUCGCCCAAAUUUGGAAUCUUGAGUUUCAUCAUGGACAGCUUGUUGUCAGGUCGUGUUGAAGAUACGAUCAUUUGUCCUGUUAGCACACAGUACGACAAGGUCAUUGAGACUGAGUCAUACAUCAGUGAACUGCUUGGUCAACCAAAGGCGAAGGAAAAUUUGGCCGAUCUUCUAUCUUCAUCCUCGGUCUUGUCCCUCAAGCUUGGCCGGGUCGAUGUCCGGUUCCAUGAGCCAUGGAGUCUUCGAGAAUUCAUUGGUCAACAGCUUACGCGCCUGGAAUUGCCUAGCACUAACAUCAAUAACACACUCAGUUACGCGGACCGUGGACGUAUUCUGAGAACCUUUGGCUACCGGGUCCUAUCUGAGAUUAACGAUGUUUCCGUCAUGAUGCCAACCGCUCUGGUGGGAACUGUCCUGUUGACUCUGCGCGGUCGUGGAGUCGGAAAGGGCGAACUGGUACGGAGGUUGGACUGGCUCUGUGAGCGGGUCCGGGCAAAAGGAGGCAGGGUUGCACACUUCUACCGCUCACCGACAGCUAUGGUCGUCGAUCGCGCCCUGGAUGUUCUGGGGCCCAAGCUUGUUGGUGUGAUCUCGGGACUGGUUGAACCUACCUAUUACGCGGUAGAUCGGUUCCAGCUUUCCUUUUACCGCAACAUGCUCAUUCAUCUUUUUAUCACUGAGGCACUUGUCUCUGUGGCAAUGUACACGAAGAUCAAGCAAGGCGGAGGGCCUGCCAACCAAAGAAUCACCUACGAAGCUCUGAAAAACCAAGUCUCCUUCCUUUCCCAGCUUUUCCGUGGCGAAUUCAUUUUCCCGCCUGAAGGUCUGGCUGCUAACUUCGAUAAGACCUUGCGUGGGUUGGAGAAGGAUGAUGUGAUCAAGAUCACCCGCGAUGAGUCCAGCACACCACUCUACGUGGAGUUGAGUGAGGCUGAACGGCUUUGCGGUCGUGAGAACUAUGACUUCUACUGCUUCUUGAUCUGGCCUUUCAUUGAAGCCUCUUGGCUGGGUGCGGUCUCUCUGCUUGGACUGACACCACCUCUGGAUAGUCCAAAGGAAAUCUGGAUUGAUUCUAAGAAAGCACAGGAUAGUGCGCAGAUCCUUGGUAAAACACUAUAUCACCAAGGAGAUCUUUCUUACUUCGAAGCUGUCAACAAGGAGACUCUCAAAAACUCCUAUCAGCGAUUCGAAGAAGAAGGCAUCAUUCUAGUUUCGAAGAACAAAGAGACACGGGCCGGCCCGUCUUUAAGACUUGCACCUGAAUGGGCUCCACACCGCGAUCCUAACACCGGCAAAGUCAUGGACGGUGGACGGCUGUGGGACUUUACCGAACUAAUCGCCCAGUCCCGGCGUGAAGGCAAAAAUCGCCGUGACGGUGCAACAGUUUCCUCUCGCGUUCUGACCAUGUCAGAUCUCGUCGGACGUCAGCUAUUCCUGAACGCUGCAGCACCGGCCCCGGCAGAUGUCUCCUCGCGCCAAAUGCGCCGCAAGGCAAUUGCCACAGACGCCAAGCUCUAA